CAAAUUCAAAGUUUCAAAGAGUCCUAAGAGUGAGAUAAUCAUUGAAAAUGUCAUCAAAAGAUAUCUACGAAGAAGUGAGAAAUUCACGCGAUUUUACGGGAAAAGUAGUUUUAGUGACCGGUAGUAGUGGUGGUAUUGGCGAGCAAACAGUGAAACUAUUCUCGGCAUUGGGUGCUAGUGUUGUGGUCACCGGUAGGCGAGCGGAGGGGGUCAAGAGAGUGGCCAAAGAAGCUCAAGAAUUGUCGCCACAAAAGUUAAAACCAUUGGAAGUGGUGGCAGAUCUGGCAAAGGAUGCGGACGUCGAGCGUGUGUUCAAUGAGACGGUGAUCAUAAAUACCUCAAACCCUCGCAUAUAAUUAAUAACAA